UUUUCCUUGGGGAGCUCUUGAAGAAAUCCUUGGUGAAAUAAUGGAUGCUGAUGAUGACUUGGAUCUGUUGGCCUCCCUCCUGGAAGAAAGUGAGGCAACUGAGGAGGGGAAUUCUCCUGAGGAAGAAGAUGCUCCAGAGGAUGAGGGGGGAGAACCAGAUGAAUAUGAUGAGCUCUUUGAUGCAGAAGAUGAUGUGUCCUACACUGAGGAGGUCGAUGCUGAGGACGAUGUGAUUGAUGAACAGAAGGAGAACCUGGCUACACUGUUUGGAGAUGUAGAUGACCUCCUGGAAGAAGAGGCAGCAGAAAAGAACGUCCCCACUUCAGCUUCCAGUCAGGCAAAAGAGAAGACCAACCAAGAACUGCAAGCUGAGCUGAGGAAAUUGCAAGAGCAAAUGAAGAUGUUACAGGAGCAGUUGCAGAAGACUGCUAUUGGGCAGCAAUCCAGUUCAGGCCCUAAGAAGGAAACCCCUGGUAAAUCUCCCUGUUCACCCUUAAAGGAAAGGAAAGUUCAGAAGCUGCAAGAGUCACCAUGUUUCUCAGCCCAACUGUGCAGUCCUUUACCGCCAGCCAAGCGAGGAAUCCAGAAAUCAAAGGCAGCCUCAGCAGAGAGCAAGACUCCUCUUCCACAGCAAGUCCUCAGUCUGGCAUUCCAGCCUCUCAAGUCUGCCACAGGGAACACACCCAGUAAGGUGAUCAGAGAGAAGACUCUUCACACGCCUGCAUGCUCCAGUGCAACAACUCAGCCAGUGUCUGUGGAAACCUUCUCGGGACUGAGAUUAAGAAAACCCCGGGUGUCUUCAGCUGAAAUGGACAGGAAAAUGGCUAACCGGAAGCUCAUCCGACUGUCCCAGCUGAAGAGCAAACUUGCUGCAGAAAAUCUGGAGGAAAUAGACUGGGUAACAUUUGGAGUCAUACUGAAGAAGGUCACUCCUCAGAGCACGAAUAAUGGCAGAACCUUCAGCAUCUGGCGGCUGAACGACCUACGGGAUCUCAAUCAGUGUGUCUCACUCUUCUUGUUUGGUGAUGUCCACAAAGAGCACUGGAAGACAGACCAAGGCACAGUCAUUGGGCUGCUCAAUGCUAAUCCUAUGAAACCUAAGGAAGGCUCAGACGAGGUGUGUUUGUCUGUUGAUCAUCCCCAGAAGAUCCUCCUCAUGGGUGAAGCUCUGGACAUGGGCACUUGCAAAGCCAGGAAGAAGAAUGGUGAUCCUUGUGCACAGAUUGUGAACCUGAACGACUGUGAAUAUUGUCAGUAUCACAUACAAUCCCAGUACAAGAAGCUCAGCUCGAAGCGGGCAGAUCUGCAAUCCACCUUCUCUGGCGGCCGCAUUCCCAAAAAAGUUGGUCGGAAAAAUCCUAGUUUGAAGGAGAGACUGUGUCAGGAUGGGUUUUACUACGGAGGUGUCUCUUCAGCAGCAUAUGCAGCCUCAGUGGCAGCAGCUGCAGUGCCGAAAAGGAAGAUUCAAACCACUCUCUCCAAUCUGGUUGUGAGAGGAGUUGAUGCAAUUGUCCAGGAAACCAGGCAGAAAAUUGGUGCAGCAAAGAGACCCAUGCAAUGUUCUGAGGAAUUCAAGGAACUGCUGGCACAGCCAACUUUUGGAGCACGAAACCUCUGCAAACACUGGACCAAAGCAGAUGCUGAAAAGAAGCAAGGGGCUAAUUUCCAGUCCAUCUCUGCUUCAGCACUGCUCAAGCAACAGAAACAGAAAUUGCUAGAGGCCCGAAAAAAGCGAUCUGAAGAGAUUCAGAAGCGGUUUCUCCAGAACACAAGUAAAGCCAGUAGCCCUGCUGUGCCGUCCUCCUCUAGUCAGUCUUCUCUCCACUCCCCAAAACCUGGGGCAGAGUUUCCUGCAAAAAUGUCAGCUCCUCAAAGGCCCAGGCUAGGCGCAGGCUUCUCGGAAGGAGAAGAUAUUCUCUUGUUUGAUGGGUCUCCACCUCCAACACCAAAGCUUGACAGCUUGGCAGAAGCCAAAAAGCUGGCUGCAAUACACCGACUACGAGCAAAAGGCCAGAUUCUUGCUAAAACUGACCCAAACAGUGUCAAGAGGAAAAGAGCUGAUGAUAACAUCCUGGAAAUUGUUGAAAGAGUAGAGAAAAAUGUUGCUCAGCCACACGGACUGAGCCUUUUUGUCUCCCUAGCUAUAGAUGAACUGGAACCUGCCCAAAAGAAACGGCGUGAGCAGCUGGCCUAUCUGGAGUCAGAAGAGUUCCAGAAAAUCCUGAAAGCCAAGUCCAAGCACACAGAUGUCCUGAAAGAGGCUGAGGCUGAACUGCAGGAGCAAUACUUUCACCCACUGGUGAAAAAGGAAGAAAUAGAAGAGAAGAUGAGGAGCAUUAAAGAAGUGAAAUGUCGAGUUGUGACAUGUAAAAUGUGUAAUUACACCUAUUUCAAGCCUCUGGAGACAUGUGUGCAGGAUAACCACGACUACCACUGGCAUGAUGCCAUCAAGCGAUUUUUCAAAUGCCCUUGUGGAAACCGAGCUAUUUCCCUUCACAGGCUCCCAAAAAAGCCCUGCAGCGCCUGUGGCCUCUUCAAGUGGGAGCGAGAUGGGAUGCUAAAGGAGAAAAAAGGUCCGAAGAUUGGUGGAGAAACACUUUUACCAAGAGGGGAGGAACAACCAAAAUUUCUCAAUUCUCUUAAGUGACCUGGAGUUGACUCUCUUUCACAAAAUAAGGAUGGAUUUCUGUGUCAAAAACAUACAUUUCUUUACUGGAAUGCCAGAAAGAUUCUGGUUUUAGGGAUGAAUAAGCAGGGGAGUCAUUCCUGAUGAAAAGGACAUCCACUCAGUCUCCACCAGGUCACUGCAUGGAUAUUCAGCUUUGAUUUUUUUAAAAAUUGACUUAAGGCUGCAUAUGAAUUACACAUUCAUGCCUGUUCUUUCUCACUGAGAACUUGUUUACAAGAUUGAACCUAGAAAAUAGACAUCUAGAGAGAGAUUCAUACCAAGAAAUCUGUAGGGAUCCCGCAAUUUAUGUUGAAUGGCUGGUGUAGAGUGACCUCACCAGAACUUUAGGUGACAAAUCAUCAUGAACUGUGAGGACUGUAGAUUCCCUAAGUACUUGU